UUUUUCACUGGAUCACUUUAUUUUGCUCUGCUCCUCCAUAAAUACCACAACUCAACCACAUAACAUUAUUACAUUUCAAAUACAUUACAUUAUAAAACUUGAAGAGUGAGAGAUGGAGAGAGCUCUCAACAGACAGAAAAUUCUGCUUCAACAUUUACUGCCACCUUCUUCUGCUUCACAAAUCAAUGAAUCAGAUGCUCUAUCUGCGUCUACCUGUGCGGCUGGGGACAGUGCUGCAUAUCAUAGGAAGGCUGCUUUUGGAGAUGAUGUAGUGAUUGUUGCUGCAUAUCGAACUGCUAUUUGCAAGGCGAAGCGCGGAGGCUUCAAGGAUACCCUCGCAGAUGAUUUAUUUGCGCCCGUUCUUAAGGCAUUGAUAGAAAAAACAAAGUUGAACCCAAGUGAAAUCGGAGACAUAGUUGUUGGUACUGUUUUGGCGCCAGGCUCAAUAAGAGCUACUGAGUGUCGGAUGGCAGCGUUCUAUGCUGGUAUUCCUGAAACGGUACCCAUCAGAACUGUCAACAGGCAGUGUUCAUCAGGCUUACAGGCUGUUGCUGAUGUUGCUGUUGCUAUAAAAGCUGGACUGUAUGACAUUGGUAUUGGGGCUGGAUUGGAGUGUAUGACCCAGGAUGCUAUUGGCAGAGUUCCCAAAGUUAACCCAAGAGUAGACAGCUUUGCUCAAGCCCGAGAUUGUCUUCUUCCAAUGGGUAUUACUUCUGAAAAUGUUGCACAGCGUUAUGGUGUGACACGGCAAGAGCAAGACCUGGCUUCUAUUGAAUCUCAUAGGCGUGCUGCUGCUGCAACUGCAUCUGGUAAAUUUAAAGAUGAAAUUAUCCCAGUUCAUACUAAGAUUGUGGAUCCAAAAACUGGAAAAGAGAAGCCUGUCACAAUUUCUGUGGAUGAUGGUAUCCGACCCAACACAAGCAUGGCAGAUCUAGCAAAGCUGAAGCCUGCAUUUAAAAAGGAUGGGGCCACAACUGCUGGGAAUGCUAGCCAAGUGAGUGAUGGAGCUGGAGCAGUCCUCCUUAUGAAGAGAAGUUUGGCCAUGCAGAAGGGACUACCAAUCCUUGGUGUGUUCAGAAGUUUUGCCGCUGUCGGUGUAGAUCCUGCUGUCAUGGGCAUAGGUCCAGCUGUUGCAAUACCAGCUGCAGUGAGGUCUGCAGGUCUUGAGCUUGAUGAUAUUGACUUGUUUGAGAUAAAUGAGGCAUUUGCAUCUCAGUAUGUCUAUUGUUGUAAGAAACUGGAGCUAGCUCAUGAAAAAGUCAAUGUCAAUGGAGGUGCAAUCGCACUUGGGCAUCCUUUGGGUGCUACUGGUGCGCGUUGUGUUGCUAGUCUGUUGAAUGAGAUGAAGCGUCGGGGCAAGGACUGUCGCUUUGGAGUGGUAUCCAUGUGCAUAGGCUCAGGAAUGGGGGCUGCAGCAGUUUUUGAAAGAGGGGACUGUGUUGAUGAGUUGUGCAACGCUCGAAUGGUUGAAAAGAACACUCUUUUAUCUAAGGAUGCUCAGUAGAUACAUUAGUUUGCCUCUUUCCUGUCCAAGACUGGCUUGGUUGAUUACUAA